AUGGAUGGAUACGAGUUCCAGAGGGUGGAGCUAGAUGCACUGGAACGCGUCGUACGCGAUGAAAGUGCGGAGCCAAUGAGAUUGACGUUGCCGCUUCUCAGGCACAUAACCAAAGAUUUCUCCGCUGAAUUUGAAAUUGGCAAAGAUGAUUCUGCAGUGGUUUACCUGGGGGUGCUUCCAAGUGGGUUCCGUAUUGCUGUCAAAAAGUUUCACUUUCGUGAUUGCUUGGAUAAUGAAGAUGCAUUUGGAAAUGAAGUUAAUAGGGCAAUGAAGGGUGAUCACAGGAACAAAGUGCGACUCAUAGGUUAUUGUGGUCACAUGCAACGAAAGGUUGAUCUGUGUAGAGUAUGGACCUAA